AUGAAGGGGGCUCUCGUACCCGUCCUGCUCUCCCUCCUUCUGUUACUCCAAGCUGCAGGUUGUCAAGAAGUAAAAGUGAUGGCUGCUGUUGGCGAGACGGUUCAGCUGCAGCCCAAGACAUGGCCGUCAUCCUGGGUGGCAAUCAACUGGAAAGUGAAACUGCGUUUAGAGGGCUACUGGAUCCUCAGACACGAUCAGAACAGGACCUCGGCCAAUCCAUUACUGACCUUUGCUGACAGAGUCUCUUUCCACCCUGGGAAUCUCUCGCUGCAGAUUAACUCAAUUAACUCGGUCACGGAGAAAGAAAGUGGCCUCUACACCAUGGACCUGAAGCUGGGGGAUGGCUCUGGAAUCACCAAUAAUUUUCAUCUGUUUGUGCUUGACCAUGUCCGGCAGCCCAAGAUCAAGGCCUCUACUUCCCAGGAGUGUGGAUGGUGCUACCUUACCCUGUCCUGCUUGGUGCCCAAAGCUGCCGGGGUCACCUACAGCUGGUCUCGAGGUGAAUCUUCCAGCCCAGCCCCAGAGGACCAUUCGCUCCAUGAGCAUCAGGCUGAUCUGCAGCUGGAGAUCACUAAAAGCGGCAACAACACCUUCUAUCACUGCAAUGUCAGCAAUGCCAUCAGCUGGGGCAUGGCCACCAUCGAUGUCAAACCGCUGUGCAACUACACAAGUAAGUGCCCCCUUUGCACCAGACAUACGAGGGGGGCCAGGGAUGUUUAG